AUGCAUUAUUGUACCAUUCAUACAACUUGUAAGCAUUCCGGAUUCAAUAUAGAAGAAAGAGAAUACCUGAAACAACAAACAUCACUUUCAGAUUCAAGCUAUUGUUAUUUUUUCAAGCUUUCAAUCAGUAACAGUUUCAAUCCGGUCUCACCACAGCUACACGGUCAUUUUCUUCACCAAAGCAAUUCUGAUCCGGUUCAAUUUUUCGAGUUUCAAGUUGUAGGGUUAAAAGGUUACGAUCCGUUUUCCACUUCCUUUUUAGGUCACGAAGGCGCUGCACGUGGAGCUAUCAGAAACCGCACCGCUGGCGAAUCUUUCACCCUCUCGCGUGAGCAUGUGUGA